CACGUAACGGUUUGCAUACCGCCCGUCAUGACACACCGUGGCAGCACGGGUGCCGCCACAGAUGCCGUGGAUGGUGGCGGGCAGCCCCCGCAGCAGCUUCGACCGACGGCGGAUUCGAUGAAGUUUGAAAAGUACCGAACCAAAAUGGUGCUGGCCAUCCUCGACAUCCCGCCUUACGAUCGCACGGACAGCGACAUUCGUGUGGUAUAUCAAUUCUUAAAGGACCGGGACCUGUUUUCGUUCCUGUCGCCGCACGCCCUGCUGUACUUGACCGCCGAGGUGGUCGUAUCAAAAGCCCAAGAUGGCGAUGUGUUGCACUACCAGGACGAGGAAGUGACGGGGGAUUCAUUCAUGCACAUCAUCCUGGAAGGCAGUUUGUGUGGCUACAAGAGCGACGCCUUCGCCCAGCGAUCGAAUCGCGACGAGAAGUUUCCACAAUGGCUGGCAUCCCAUUGCGCCGAAUCCAACGAACCACUUGAUUUUGGGGAGUGUGUGACGACCUUUCAUAGCGGAGCUGAGUGCGGGCUCACGGACAUUGCAUCCAAGCACACUGUGCAUCGCAAAUUCAGUGUGCUCGCUCAAGAAUCCACGACCGCCGUGUCGAUUCGAAAAGAUACCAUGGACCGCGCCACCGCGUACAUGGGAGCGAAAACCAACUCGGUGUUUGCCAGACAAGACUCGACCGAGGAGAUGCAUUCGGGAAGCAAAUCGGUGCUGCAUUCAUUCUUGACCUCGUUUCCAUUCAUGAAUCAACUCCCACCACCGCUUCAACUUCGACUCGUAGACGCUUGUCGGCAGCGCAAACUUCGCAAACACGAACCAUUUUUGGGGCCAGGCAUAACGUCGCAUGACAUUGUCGUGGUGCUCACCGGGUGCCUGGGUUUGUAUCGACUGGACCGGCACAACGUCGCUACGGCUAUUGAGGCCAACACAAAGGCUGUGGCAAAACAACACGAUGGCAUUGAGUUGGCCCAAGUGACCGCUGGCGAGUCGUACGGCGAUUUCCACCUCUGGAGCGCGGCGCCGACGGACGUCCGGCGGCCAACGACCGAUUCGUCCUUGCUGCACAUGGUGGUGAGCCUCGUCGCGACCGAAGCCACCCAAGUGGUAGUGUUGGACCGCCGGGUGUACCGGCAUAUUGCGGCGAGUCAUGUUCCGGCGUCGGAUCUUGCUACCCUCGCGGUUAUCCCCAAGCUGGACCGGACUUGGGGAGAUGUGGGCGACCUCAAGCUCUGGUUCAAGCGGCAGCUGUUCUUCCAGCAACUGCCGGAUCGGUGGAUCACCCGACUCGCCGAAAGUGCCGUCGGGUCCCCGCCGUGGCCAUCCGACAAGGUCGUGUACAACAAGUCGAGCGACGCCGACUUUAUCUACUUUGUCGUGGCUGGUGCCGUACGUGUUCAACUCAACGCAUCGGACCCGGGCGUCGAUGUGUUGCCGGGGGAUGUAUUUGGCGCCGACGAAGUGCUGGACAAGCGAAAACGGCAGCGGGUGGCGCUCACCAAAGCCGAAGACACUAUUCUAGUCAAGUUCCCCACCGCCGUCUACUUUGAGUGUCUUGCGGACGUCGCCACCGACAUUACGUUUGCACCGACAAGUCGCUUUCGCGCCAUGGAGUGCUACGUAUCCCCUCCGAGCGUGUCGGACGUGAACGAGCUCGCCAAGUUCUUCCGAAACGUCCAAGUUUUGGCCCACCUCCCGUUCUACAUCAUGCUCGAAGUGGUGCCGUACCUGCGGGUGCGGUAUUUGGAGGUGGGGGACCUCGUCUGCGCCGAAGACAACUCGACCGACGAGUUCGUUUCUGUUGUGGCCGGCCACGUGGGGUGCCACAGCCGCGACCGCGCCACUGACGAAUCCGCCGUCCAUUUGUUUCAAGGCCACGCGUUUGUACAUGUGCCGUCGAUGCAUUCCGAGCAGGUGGCCACCAGUGAGUCUGGAGCUACGCCCGUCGAGAAAAAGUUCACCAUGAUGUAUGGCACGUCCGUCCAUGUUCUGGUCCCAGGGGAUACGUGUCGCACCGGGUUUGUCGACCCAUCGACGGCCAAUCGACGGGCCCCUGUGACGAUGGUGGCGUUGGCGUCACGGACCACAAUCGUGUCGAUUUCCGAACACGAUGCGAGCCAAGUGCUUCAACGACUGGUCGAGUGGAGUAAACCACAUCGCAGCUUGAAAGAGUUGAUCGGGCAAGUGGGGAGCUUGGACGCAGCCGGGACGAUUCAGUUCGCCCCAGACGAAGUCAAUCAAGUGCUCGCGCACCUGAGAUACCCCAUCGACCGACCCGACAAAGUGGCCAGUGACGUCAGGUGUCUCAAGCUGCAGCCUGGGGACGUUGUCGUCCGCGCUGGGGAACUUGUAAAGCACUUGGUCGUGGUGAUCUCGGGUCAUGUGGCCGUGUCUGUGGUGCAGCCGCCGCUCAGCUCAACGCCGCUGGCUACCUCCAACCACAGCAAUAACGUGUUUGCCAAGCUGCUCACGUCCAACUUCAAAAGCACGUCGAAAACGCUGGCGUUGGUCGGUAGUCGAGACGGCAGUCGCCGCCGGCUCUCGACCGUGCUGCCCUCCAUCGCCAAGCUCAGCAAGCACACCCCGUUCUGGCAAAGGAGUUCGUCCAUCGCUCCGUCGCCCAGCCCGUCCAACAUCCUGCGCAUCGACGAGCCGAAUUCCGCGAGGAUCAGCAGUGCCGGGGCGUCCAGUGCCGCUCAGAAUGACCAGUACAAUUCAAGCAAGAACGACGGCGGUGACGUGGCAGCGUCACAAACCCGGAUGCGACCGCUCGUGACGCUCUUGGCAGGGGAUGUAUGGGGAGGCGAGGUCGUGUUUUCCAGAAAUUGGCCCAGCCUCCAUGACGUAGUGGCCGAAUCCGUAGCCGAAGUGAUGCUUUGUCCAAGGGAAACGUUUGUAGUCGUGCGGCGGGAAGCGCUGGCAGCCAGCAGCAAAAAGUCCGACGCGCACUCAAAACGCAUUUUGGCCAAGGCGCAUUGGAAACGAGCUAACAACAAAGUGGUGGAAACGAUGCUGCCGUCGGCCAACGGCGGCGACCUAAAGCCAAAGUUCUGGCGGUUGCUCGAUCAAGCUGCGAGCCAGCGCAUCAAGCUGAUCAUCAAGCACCUGUCGCACAUGGAGUUGUUCCAGAGUAUGGCGGACGCAACCAUCUCCGCCAUCGUCGCGUCUGCACGCUACGACACGGUCGAGAAGGGCGAAAUCAUCUUCAAAGCCGGGGACGCGCCCAAGCGGUACUACGUAGUGGUGGCCGGAACGAUCGGCCUCUACUCGCCGUACGCGUCGCUCGAAGACGUGUGCUUGAACGUCGUUCAAAGCGGCGGCGGGUUUGGCGAGUUUGAAAUCCUCACCGAGCAGCUCACACGGUGUAGUCGAGUUGCAUGCACACGCCACAUAAUAUCGUGUGGGUUGUUUAUUCUUGAGGAUUUAUGUCUUAGAUCGUUGUCGGCAGUGGCGGAAGUCGCGGCGAAAUUGAUUUCGUUUGCGUCGCAGUCGUUCCACGAGCUGUGGGACCCGGCCAAGCUGGACGCAAUACGCAGCGGCAUUUCGUUCUUUCAGCAACUCCAUUGGGCCAACCGCCUCGACAUGGACAAACUCGCGCACAUUUACCACACGGCGCAGGCUGUGGAGUACCAUAAAGGCACUGAUGUAGUUCGCAUCCAUGCGCAACUCAACACUUGCUUUGUGAUCAAGGAAGGCACGUGCUUUUUGGGGAAUGUGCUGCCGAUUCAAGCUAAAAACGGCACCACCGACAACAUCGACGUCGUGCAAGUGUCGACGUCGCUGGCCCAAGUGUCGAAAGGCCAUUCCAUCUGGGUCCUCGGCGUUGCCACGUUCAGCGUGACGGCCGCCGUCGCCAACACUGUCGUGUACCAUUUAAACUAUGAUUUCCUCAAAGCCAUCCUGCCCAAGCAUCACCUCGGGCGUCUCGAGCGGCAAAUCAAGCAGCAUGACCAGUACCAUGCCGACGAAUCCGCCAGACUGCACGAACUUGCUCUCCACGUGAUGAACACCCGCACCUAUGUGGCCACAACCGCGGGGGGUCCAGAGAUGUUCUUGCCCCGCUUUGACCUGACCAACCGCGACGUGACCAUGACAGACGUGGUGGCAGCGACCGCCUUGACGCUGGCAGAUGUGCAAGAGGCCCGGAAAAAAGUCGACCAAGUGGGGACGCCGACCCCCACGACGUACGACGACGACGUGGGGCGAGAGGGAGUGCCGGCCAAGUUGAUGGGGUCGUUUUGGAAGAGUCAGAGUCUGGGGCCAGCCCGCCGCCGCAGCCGCGAGUCGACGCCCCAGACAGGAGCAGUCGCCCCCCCCGCAGCCAACAACACCAAACUGGCACCCUUCUUUCCCACCGAAGUACCAGACGGCGAUGCGGUAACCUCGUACUACUCGGAGAGAUACGACGUGAACGCCCCGAUUCGAACGCUUCGGUUGGAGUCCGUCGCCAAGGCCCAAGCCGCGUUGAACGGUCCUCGAAUCGACGUCGAAGCGUACCAAGUCAUGCAAUAUGUGAUUGAUGCGACGCCAAUACAAGAACACAUGCGAACUGAAAGUUUAUUAUUGACGGCCCAACUUCAUUUUCAGCGACAAAAUGGAGGAGGUUCGUCGUCUUCGACAUCGGCCACUCCUAAUGAGGCCGCCAUGACGACCAUCGAAUUGGCCACCGGAUUGAGACCAUGGAAGCAGCAGCCACCACACGUCAAGACCCGCCUGCGACCGCUGAAAAAACUGACCGGACGACAGCCUUCGUCACCCCGGACUGCGACUUCGCGAAACGAUCACAAGUCUGGCAAAUUGGCCGUUCGCAUCGUCCAAAGCGGCCAAACCAACCAGCAAGGAACCAACGCGACGAUGGUGUGCAUGACGGCGACGUUGCGCAGAACAACCUUGAGCUUGCGAAGGGACGACAAGCACGGAGACAACAAUGGGGCGAGAAAUAGCAAUGGAUUGCACUCGUUUGAAUGGAUACUCAAGCCAGGUAUGCGUGUGGUGGAAUGGCCGGACGAUGCAGCCACACCGUGUGAAUUCAAACUGGACCUUGGCGGGGACAACGACCCUCGAGAUAUGGUCACGUUCAUGGCCCUGUCGUUGCACGACAAGGCGAAAUGGGUGGCCUUGCUGACCCACGCGGUGGCGAUACCGUCCGUGGCCGAUAAAGCAUCCGCGUUUACCCUGAACCCAAGCCGCAUCGUACCCGUGAAGAAGCCCGACGUCGUGCGCCGCGUUCAAACGGUCACAGAGGAGUUUUUGCCCGAAGUCUCGUACAUUGUGCCGGCCUUGGAGCACUGA